GCAGGAGCAGGAGCCGGGAGCGGGCUCAGGUGCAGGCACCGCUCGCACGGGGGAAGCAGCGCCAGCCGCUCCAGCCGCACCGCGCUGACAGAACUCCCCGGCAGAGGAUGCGUGUAGACAAAGGGAGUGAAUAGCCGGAAAUAUUCUGGGAUGUUAUAAAACCUAAAAGGACUUUACAGCGUGGUGAUACAAAACAGGAAAUGAACUCCAAAAAGAACGCUUUCUCUCAAAGUACUGCGACAGAAUUGAACACUGAGCUCUUCUGGUGUCUGAAAUUCCUCCUGAAGACACGGCAAGGACUAUUAAAAUCAUCCGAGAGAUCCCGGUACUUUUAAAGAGACUUAAAGCAAAUGCCAGCGUAAUAUCUGAAUGACCUUGGAGAUUAUUUCAUGUGGAUUCAUUAAUUUUCACUGCCAGUCUUCUAGUCUCAGGAACUCUAGGAUUAAAGAUGGUUUUAACGUUUUAGGGGCCUUUCAAAAAACAAGAUUGUAUACAUUUAAGUACCUGCCUAAUGGUUCCUGAACUAAUCAAGCAUUUACUUAGAACUGAACACAGAAGAUCCUUUCUUUUAACAUUUUCUCUCUCCAUAACUUUGACUAAAAUGAACAAGCCAAGGUGUGCCAGAGGUGAUGCACUGAUGCUGAGGAGGCAUCAACAGCUAUGGGACUGUAAUCCCCUCCCAUGUAAGCACUGGCAGUGUCUGCAAAGAGAGAUCUGGAGUUGCUGGAGCAGAGUUUAGCUGCUGUUCAGCAGGUCACCUGCUCACUCAGGCUCAGAUUGCAGUGUUCCCUAAGCACAAAGCAUGAACCAGUCCCGAUGGAUUGAAUGGAGGACUCUGAAUAUGAGCAGUAGUGUUAUGAACACAUCUGAGCACCUCUCCUGCCCUCUUGGAUUUGGUCACUACAAUGCAGUUGACGUCUGUAUCCUUGAGACAGUCGUUAUUGUCUUGCUCACAUUCUUAAUCAUUGCGGGUAACUUAACUGUGAUAUUUGUUUUCCACUGUGCUCCACUCCUGCAUCAUUACACCACCAGCUAUUUUAUUCAGACCAUGGCCUAUGCUGAUCUUUUUGUUGGAGUCAGCUGCUUGGUUCCUACUCUGUCACUGCUCCACUACCCGACAGGUGUCCACGAGUCCCUGACUUGUCAAGUUUUUGGAUAUAUCAUCUCUGUGCUCAAAAGCGUGUCUAUGGCAUGUCUGGCUUGCAUCAGUGUGGAUCGCUAUCUCGCUAUAACAAAGCCUCUCUCCUAUAACCAACUGGUCACCCCUUGUCGCUUGAGAAUCUGCAUUAGUUUGAUCUGGAUAUACUCUUGCCUGAUCUUCUUGCCUUCCUUUUUUGGUUGGGGAAAACCUGGUUACCAUGGAGAUAUUUUUGAAUGGUGUGCUACCUCCUGGCUAACUAAUGCCUAUUUCACUGGCUUUAUCGUGUGCUUACUCUACGCUCCUGCUGCCUUUGUCAUCUGCUUCACCUACUUCCACAUCUUUAAGAUCUGCCGGCAGCACACCAAAGAGAUAAACGAUCGAAGAGCUCGCUUUCCGAGCCACGAAGUGGAUGCUGCUGGGGACACCGGGCACAGCCCCGACCGCCGCUAUGCCAUGGUUUUGUUUCGGAUAACCAGCGUGUUCUACGUGCUGUGGCUCCCCUAUAUCAUAUACUUCCUGCUGGAGAGCUCGAGGGUGUUGGAGAACCCCGCACUCUCCUUCCUAACGACAUGGCUUGCUAUAAGCAAUAGUUUCUGCAACUGUGUGAUUUAUAGCCUCUCCAACAGCGUUUUCAGGCUGGGACUGCGGAGACUGUCGGAGACAAUAUGUUCAUCUUGCACGUGUUUGAAAGACAGGGAUGUGCGGGACCCUAAGCCGAGGAAACGGGCUAACUCCUGCUCCAUUUAGAGACAACGGGUGCAUGUAAUCAAAUGCGGAGUUUCAAUAGUAUCUGCUGUGUCUGGAAACUGGCCAGAGAGAAAUGUUUACUUGAGCAGCUUGCUGUUAGAGGGAGUUUACAAGGGAGUUUACAAGGGAUUGUGGAAAAGGAAAAGGCUGCUGUGAGAGGGGUCACUGGACUCUGGGGGAAUUGUGAGGAGAGCAGUUCCACAGAGACGAUGAAGAAAGUCAGGACUAAAAACCUUCCAAAGGGCAUGAAGUAACUACCAGUAACUAUCAGAGGAGGUUCCUCAUAAAAUAAAUAACUUAGUUACUACCUUAUGUUUUACCCCUUGUAGACAAGCUGUCCUACUAUCUUUGUGUCAGAAUAUACUGUAGCCUUCUGAAUCUCAAUAUAUUUAAGAGGAAGCAAUCAACAUCACAGUAAGCAGCUAUCCAUAAACUAUAUACCUGAGGACUGCAGUAGAUACUGCAGGUUAAUAAUCAGCUCUGUCUCUGCUCACAUCCUGUACAAUUUUCAGUUGUACAAUGCGUAAACCCUGCCCUGGGCAUGAUGCUUUGGGAUUAACUGGCAGGUUUUGGUACCACUGUCAGAGGAGCUCUCCCUCUCCUUCUCAUUUCCCCUCUUUUCCUCCAUGCUCUGCAUCCCUAGAUUCCAUUGCGUCCAGGGGGAGUUUAGUUUGAGGGCACCUACGAGGUAAACUGAGUUUCAGACCACUAUUCCUGCAGAAAGCACAAGCCCUUCCUGGCUGGCUGAGUGACUGCAGCUGCCUGUGUCCAAGGACUCCUUCAGUCGAUCCCGUUAAAUCAGCACACGGUAUCCAUGUAGUGUCCUUUAGGGUGUACUAAAGCUUUUCCUUAUUGGCUCCACAGACACUCCUAAUGCAGAGAUGAUAAUGGCACAUACCAGUGUGUCAGCACUGCUUGGAGAAUUCAAACUAACUAGCCCUUCUCUUUGGGAAGUCUAAAUUGCUCACUGUUGUAGCUGUCAGUCCAUCGUGUGAACCUCGCUUGCACAUACUGUACUUUUUUUAUUUUUUUUUUUAAAGGAAAACAUAAAUUGUGGUCUGUGCCUAAUGUUUUCCUAGCACAUGGAAUAGAUCAAUGCUACAGGGUUAAAAAAAACUUACACUUGCUUUAAGAAAAACACUUCUGUGCCAUUCUUGAAUAGCUGUUUGUUAGACAAGUGUUCUCAGAGGAGGUGAACAAGACAGUUUAGUGUUAAUUACAGGCCAAGAGCUUCAGUAUUUCCUUUUGUACUGAAAUGACUUUCAGGUCCACUGAUGAAAUCUUUCUGAUUUUGCAAGGGCGCACAUUAGGUUUGUGUAAUAAGUUGCCAGGGGUUCAGAUGCAUGCCAGUCGAUACAAUAUUUAAAUUAUGAUUUUGAGCCAAAUGUAAUUUUCUUAGAUGGUUAUUGGCUUUUAAAAAGGGCCCAAUUAUUGAUUAUUGGUGCCUUUUAACACUGCACUAUUAUUCCUUCUUUCACCAAAAUGCAUAUGUAAAGAUUGUGCCUGUUACUUUUUGUAAUGGAAGCUGACCACCUGUGCACACUUGUGGUUUGACUCUAGAGCUCCCUUAAUUCUGUACUCUUUGUUCUGUUGAGGUGGUUCUGAACCCCUGUACAUUUUUUUUAAACCUGUAAGAAAGUUGAAACAAUGGAAUAAAGUAGUAUUAUGUCUAUCAAACCCA